AUGUCCAAAGGGAACAUUUCCCUGACGCUGCUCAACGUCAGGGAGGAGGACGCGGGAAUUUAUACCUGCCUGGUCCCCAAACUCGGGUCAAAGGUCAAGCAGGACACAGUCACGCUGGUUGUUGGAAACACUCUGGCAGCUGGAGGAUUCUCCGUCCAGCAGAUGGCAGCAGCGAGCUUCUGGUCUCUGAGGUUCACCGCUCAUCGUUGUUUCUGCCUCUGCUUUUAG